GAGUCAAGUCUGUCUGUCCAGGCCUAUGUGUUCAGCUAGGAACCCAAGAUGGAGGACAGGGGAAGGCAAAACAUGGAUCUUUACUGAGUUUUUCGUCGAUUUUUAGUAUUCCACUGGAGUUUUUACCGUACUUAUGGCGGAACUUUUAGAAGAUGAACAUGCCUAGAAAGGGGAAUGGCCAGCUGCCGCUACCCGACGGCUGGGAAGAAGCGAGGGACUUUGACGGCAAAGUGUUUUAUAUCGACCACAACACUAAACAAACAAGUUGGAUAGACCCGAGGGACAGGUUGACGAAGCCCCUGUCGUUUGCGGACUGUGUGGGAGACGAGUUACCGUGGGGAUGGGAGGCCUCAUACGACCCUCAGAUUGGCAUCUACUACAUCGACCACAUCAACAAGAGUACCCAGCUAGAGGACCCCCGGGCGGAGUGGAGGAAGGAGCAGGAGAGGAUGUUGAAGGAGUACCUGACAGUGGCCCAGGAUGCCCUGGUCACCCAGAAAGAACUGUACCAGGUCAAAGAGCAGCGGCUGGCCUUGGCCCUGGACCAGUACACACGCCUCAACGACGCAUACAAGGACAAGUCCAGCUCACGCACCAGCCUGUUUUCAGGGUCUUCGUCCAGCACUAAAUAUGACCCUGACAUCCUCAAGGCUGAGAUCUCCACCACCAAAGUCAGGGUGAAUAAGCUGAAGAGAGAGCUCUCCCAGAUGAAACAGGAGCUCAUCUACAAAGAACAAGGCUUUGAAACCUUGCAGCAGAUCGACCAAAAACUGUGUGGCGAGCAGAGUGGCUACCGUCUGAAGGAGGCCAAGGCCAUCGUGACGGAGCUCAAGUCUCUCCGCAAGGCCAUCAGCUCUGGAGAAAAGGAAAAACAGGACCUCAUGCAGUCUCUGGUUAAGUUAAAGGAGAGGUUCCACUCGGAACACAACAUGGGCCGUUCUGAACCGGACCUACGGAACCCAGUGGGCUCCAGACAGACGCUAGAAGCCGGCUCCCAGACAGACGUCUCUGGAGAGGCGGGUUUGAGGAGCAGGUCAUCCUUGGCUGAGAAGGUCAGACUUAGUCUCCAAUAUGAAGAGGCCAAAAGAAGUAUGGCCAACGUGCAGGUGGAGCUGGCCAAGCUGGAGAGCGAGGCGUGGCCGGGGGCGGUGGACGUGGAGCGGGAACGUCUCCUCCUCGUCUCGGAGAAGGAGGAGCUCCUCAAGGAGCUGCAGUUCGUAUCGCCACGACGACGCACCCCGCAGGAUCUCCAACGUCUGGAGGCCCAGAGGCUGCAGCUGGAGCAGGAGCUGCAGGCCGUCAGGAACACCCCUAGCCACGCCCUGGCCCAGAGGUUGAAGGUGCAGGAGAGGAGACGAGUCCUGGUUCAGAGACUGGAGGAAUCAACCAGACUGACCACACUGCUCCACUCUCAGCUCAAGAGUUUGUCGGCCAGUACGCUGUCCGUCUCAUCAGGCAGCAGCCUGGGUUCUCUGGCCUCAAGCCGUGGAUCCCUCAACGCAUCCUCCUCCCGCGGCUCCCUCAAUUCCCUCUCCUCCGGAGACCUCUACUACACCCCUACAGAACCCCCCUCCCCCCUAGACCUGGACUACCAGUGCAAACUGGACCUGCUCCUCCAGGAGCCCCUGACCCCGUCUGGGAUAACCUACAGGCGGGGAGACCCCCCAGGAACUAUCACCACCAUCCACGAACACGAGGUGGAAAACACACACCCACUUCACACUCACACCGUCGGAACCGGUACCACCGACCUGGUCCCAUUAGCGCCGCUGGUUGCGGUGUCCUCGAAGCCGGCCGAGCCCUCCAAGUCGGUGACGUCGCUUUCCUCCAGGUCGUCGCUGUCUUCUCUCUCGCCGCCGGGCUCGCCGCUGGUGCUGGAGGGGGUCGGUGCGUUCCCGCCGGUGGGCCCACAGGACUUUGGGGACGGGGAUGUCGGUCUGGUGGUGUCGGACUUUGGCGGUCUCAGCCUGGGAUUCUACGACGGCCAGGGGAUGGGGAUGUUUGAGCCGGAGACGGGGGAGAGGGACAGAGGAGGGGAGGGGGGGAGGGAAGGGAGAGGGUCACUGGCUACCCUCAGAGAGAGUAUUACAGACGUGGACCUCCAGAGGCCGGGGGAGGACAAGCCAGCCUGUGUGUCUGCAGCCGUGUCAGACGAGUCUGUGGCCGGGGACAGUGGGGUGUACGAGGCCUCUAAUAUCAAACGGUCGAUGGAGGCUGAUGAACCAGCGGUGUACCUGGAGGAUGAGCCUGCCCUUCCUGAGUCUGCCCAGGUCCAGAUAGGGCUGAAAUAUGAUGCUGCCAACUCCAGUUUUGUCAUGGUGAUCAUGCAGCUGCAAAACCCUGCUGCCCUGUCAGUCCCCUCCACUACCAGAGUAUACAUCCGGGUGGCGCUCCUCCCGUCUUCCAGUGACAUCAGCAGUCUGUUCAGGACCCGUGUGGUGCCCGUGGCGCUGCCUGACAGCGUGACGUUCAACGAGGUGUUCAGGGCGGCCGCGCCGCACAGCGUCCUCCGGCACAAGACGCUCCGCAUCGACGCCUGCACCGUGGGCCCCGGACGCACCGAGGACUGCCUGGCUGGAGCCCAUGUGAGUCUGGCAGAGCUGCCAGUGAGUGGGGAUAUGACCAGUGUGUGGUACAACCUGUUGACCAGUGAGAGGACCAGAGAGACAGAGGAGGCCAGCCAGGAGAGACCCGGCCCUGGGCCAGAGCAGCACACUGCAGGACCCGUAGACAUGGACGCGGUGUCGGCCCUGCUGCAGAGGACCUCCAGUGAGUUAGAGGCAGUGGAACAGGAGCUGGCCUUGGAGGAGAAGGAGAGAGUGAGCCAGAUGGACAUGGACGGACACCAAUGGUUAAGCAUGCUGGGAGAGGACAGCGCUCAACUGGUCCUCGGACUGGAGGAGGAGGAAGAGGAGGAGGAAGAGGAGAGGAAAGAUUCUGUCAAGGCAGAGAAGAGGUUUGCUGGAUCUGGGCAGGCGUAUGGAGGAGAAGAGCGGGAGGAGUGUCGAGAAGAGCCAGCCAGAGAGGAAGAGGAGGAGAGGAGAUGUAAAGAGAGACUCCCUCAGGCAAAUGAAGGACCAACGCUGGUGGAUGCAGAGACGAACACAGAGAUGUGUGGUGUGGCGGUGAGGCCUAAAGACAGACCCAGUCUGGGACCAGGACCACGCAGCGCUCAGAGAGGCUUCGUACGGAACAGUAUGAUCAUGAGAUCUCAAACCUUCUCCCCCGGGGAGCGCAACCAGUACAUCUGCAGGUUGAACCGGAGUGAUAGCGACAGCUCCACAUUAUCCAAAAAGUGCCCUUUUGUCCGGAACACCUCGGAGAGACGCAGCCUAAGGGUUAAGAGGACCUUGUGCCAGCCGGUGGUGGUGCGGAGGCGUGGCGGAGCCGGAGAGACCAACAGCCGGACCUCCCUGGACUUGGAGCUGGCCCUCCAGGCGUCGCGGACCCGUCAGAGCCGUCUGAACGACGAGCUCCAGGCCCUGAGGGACCUGAAGGCCCACCUGGAGGCCCUGAAGGCCCGGGGAGAGACGGAGCUGCCUGGAUCCGUGCUGCACGACCAGAGGUUUCACAGACUGCUGGAGCAGGCCGAGAGACAGGCGGAGCAGUCUAAGGAGCAGCAGCGUCAGGAGCAGCGGGCUGAGAAGCUGAUGAGGAGGGCCUCCAAAGACGUGUGUCGGCUAAGAGAGCAGAGCCAGAAGGUCCCCCUGCAGGUCCAGUCUUUCAGGGAGAAGAUGGCCUACUUCACACGAGCUAAGAUCAAUAUACCAUCCCUACCGGCUGAUGAUGUAUGAAUACAUAGUGAAACAAUGAAGUAUUUUAAUAGUGUAGUUACUUUGAAUGAAAACAAUCUAAUAGUUUGUACACUAUAGUUUAUGCAUUUGUAUAAUAAGUUGUAAUUGAAUACUAUCUUGUAAAAAAAAAAGAACCAAAAUAAUGGCUUUCUUAUAUCAGGAGAAACCCAAAAUAGAGUUGUUUUGGUACUUGUAUUCUGCUCGUGAUUUUUCUGUACAGUUUUAUAAUGUGUGUUGGAGAGUGGUGUGUGUGGGGGGGAGGAGAGUGUGUGUGUGUGUGUGUGUGAGAAUGUGUGUGUUUGUCACCCUCUGGUGUCCUGUGGUGGAACUGCACCACAGGGCAGGGUGCGGGGUAGAUUGAGAGUCUCAGUCCCAAAUCAACCCCUAUCCCCUACACUCUUAUGGAGAUCUAACAGGAUUGGACAGGUGUAAGUCAUAUGGUAAUAACGCCACUUUGCCUUCUGCUAGUAUUUCUUACAUCCAUCCAAUCUUCUCUGAUCUCCACAGGUGUAUCGUGGGUAGGGGCUAGGGGUUGAUUUGGUAUUGGGCAUCAGUGUUAGCUAAGUGUGUGUGAGAGAGAGAAGGUGACCUACUACAGUAUAUCAUAUAUAAUGUCUUCUGUCCAAAGCUGGUGCUCUGCAAUUUUUUUCUCUCUCAUUCAGAACAAAACAAACAUAAACCUUGUGAAUGUAAUGUAACCGCUUUUCCACCUCUAUCUGUCUCUGAGAUACUGCACUGAUACUGUUCUGUGGCUUUAGGAUUUUUCACACCGACCCGCCGCAACGCUAAUUAUUACUGCGUUCACUGGGCACUAGUCUCAAUUUUACAGUUAAAUGUUUUGUCAGUUAAUAGCCUGGUCCAGGAUAUGUUUUUUCUGUCUUGCCAACUCCUGUGGUUUUUGUCAUUGAUGGAAAGACAGCACAAACUGACCUGGGACCAGGCUAUUUUGUAAAUCACUUCAUUUGUAAGAUUGGUUUUCCUUUCCCACCUGUUUGGAUGAACAAAAAAACCUCUGUAACUGUGUUAAUGCCUUUGUUAAAAUGCCUUUUGUUACAAAUAGGUUCUCUGGACUAGAACAAAGACAAUAUAGGAAACAUACUGGACCCGAAUCAUGUAAUUUCCAGCCUUCCAGUGUUUUUAAGUGUCUGGAAUAGCACCUUAUUCUCUAUGUAGUCCACUACUUUUGACCAGAGCCUUAUGGGCCGUGGUCAAAAGCACAGAGCCCUAUGGGCCGUGGUCAAAAGCACAGAGCCCUAUGGGCCGUGGUCAAAAGCACAGAGCCCUAUAGGUCCUGGUCAAAAGCACAGAGCCCUAUAGGUCCUGGUCAAAAGCACAGAGCCCUAUAGGUCCUGGUCAAAAGCA